UAUUAGAACCAUCAGAGGUCAGACAAUCAAGACACUGCUAAAUACACGUAGCGGCUUUACAUGUUGCCUCUAAGUACUGCAUGUUUAGUAGACGUAACUGCUUACGGUGGUAUUAUCAAAAUAUUUCGGCUCAAAGUUACGUCUAGGAGUGAUACGUAAUUUUACGCCAGCUCUGAGGACAAGGUUCAGGAUUUCAAGAGGUUUGUGAAGACCUGAACGACAUGGAAAGGUGCAAGGAACUAUUUCAGUCUCUCGUUGUUGCCCUCCGAAGCCGAUGGCGCUCCUUGGCGCGCUGUGCGGUGGCUGUUGUCUCUCUCCUGCUACUGCUGCUACUGGGGAUGCUUUCACAAGACAGUGGUUACUUAAGCAGUCUUGCUGAUAAAAGAUUUUUGCAUCAAGGAAACAAUGGGAAUAGCAGCAUCCUCAUCGAUCUAACCAAUUUUGAGUACCUUCAAAAUCCAAAAAUUUGUAAUGGCUCAGCUGAAGAUGUGAUGGCACUUGUUCUAAUUCUCUCACAUCCUAGUCACAUCAAUCACAGAAAGGCGCUUCGAGAACAAAUGCCUGGAGAAAUUUUGGCGGAAAUUGGUAUGAGACGAGCUUUCCUUUUGGGUGAUCCAAAUGUAAGCCAAGAACAAGACCCGCCGGUUAAUCAAAGCAAAAUUGAUGCGGAAAACAACAAGUUUAACGAUAUUGUCCAAGGCAAUUUCCUGGAUCACUUUCGCAAUCUCACCUACAAGACAGUCAUGGGCUUGACUUGGGCAACACGCUUUUGUUCUCGUGCGGCGUUCAUAAUCAAAAUGGAUGAUGACAUUGCAGUGGAUUUUUUUCACAUACGACAACUUUUGCAAACCAGGUACGCUAACAUAAAAAAUGUUCUACUAGGACAAGUUAUAAUUAAUGCUAAGCCUUAUAGAACAAGCAGCAAAUACCAAGUAACGCAAGAGGAAUAUGUCGGUGAUGAAUACCCCACUUAUUUGAGAGGAGGGUUCUACAUUGCACCAAUGGAAACUGUGAGGAAACUGGUAUUAAACGCACACAGAUUUCGUUAUCUUGGGAUUGAAGACGUGUUCGUAACUGGGAUAAUGGCGCAAGACCUGCAAAUAGAACGGCGAAACAUUGACACCAAGAAUGAACCAUUGUCUUCGCGGAAAAAGAACCCUCAAGAUGAGUAGUUUUCUUGUAGGUAUUAUUGCAAUGCUAUCAUUGGGGUCGUAUUGAAAAAUUGUAUGAUUUAUUAAGUUAUCGUCUACUGGACCAGCAAGAAGAUCCUAAUAAAUAUUGAGAAGUACCCUGCGUAACGGCUUAGCAGGGACUUGUACACAUUUUUAAAUAGAUUUCAUUGUGUAUUACAACAUAUGGUUCUUUGAAUAUGUCCAGUCAAAAGCCGAAAUAAGGGUAGCAGUGAGGCCUCUGAAAAAUAAUAAUGUCCAUUUUGAAGACGACCAGAGCUCGUGCGAACUGCUAGAAGAACAGACUGAAGAAGUAUUCAGUAACCUACGUUACUCAAAACUGGAGAAAGAAUUUAUAUUCCUUCAGGAAAUACCAUAGGGGCGGGUAUUGGUGAAAACUUUAUGUUCCGAACACCGGAGCAAGAGAGGUGUAUCCAAGAAUUAUCGACUUAUUCUACUCAUGGGCCAGAUGGAGUCCAUGCAGUGUAACUGAAUGAAAUGUGUCACUGAAAGCUCCACUGACUAUGAAUUGAAAGCAUUGUCAAGAGAAGAAAACUUAGGGCUUAAUUGUCUGCAUUUUAUUUUGACUUGGCGCUUAAUUGUCUGCAUUUUAUUUUGACUUAGGGCUUAUUUGUCUGCAUUUUAUUUUGACUUGGCGCUUAAUUGUCUGCAUUUCAUCAUACCUUAGCGCGUUUUUAUACAGUUUUUCGUGGCUUAAUGCUUAGUUAUCUUUAUUUAAUCGUGCCUUAGUGCUUAAUUGUCUGCAUUUGAUCGUGCUUCGAAGAAGAAAAACCAAAACAAGAUGCAAAUUUACUUCAGUUGAAGAUGAAGUUGAGAUGAUGUUAGAGUUUGAUGGGCAGAGCGAAAACUUUUCUAAUUUGGAAGAAUACUGCAAGAAUAAAAAGGCAUUUAACUUUUCACAUGCCAAAUGAUGAAGAAGCACAAGUUGAGUUGAACCCUCAAUGAAGACUUUGCUGUUGAUAACUAUAUAUAUGGGGUUGUUUAAUAUAAUGAACAGAAAUACACUGGCAAAAUUAUCGGUUUAUCUUAAGAAGGAUAUCAGUUGAAUGCAUGGAAAAGAAACUCAAGUUUUGGCGCUGGCCAGAGAAACAAGAUUACUUGCACGACUCAUGACUGGGCGGAUGCUCUUCUGAAGAUAAAUCCUCCAAAAAUAGCCUCAGAGGGGAACUAGUUCUAUGUACCAGAACUUAG